AUCAUCCACUUCUGCCCACUGCUGCUGUUUCACUGGAUGUUUGGCUCAGAGAUUUAUGGCAAACAGAGGGAUAUAAGACAGUGAGAGUGUGAUUGGAAAGAGAACCACAACUGAGGGUUGGCUGGCUCUGGAAAGCCCAUUGAAGCUGUUGGGCAGCUGUUUUCUUGUGGUUGGAGUGCUUGGAGUUAGCAGAGAUGCUGAGAAUAAGUGGAGAAAAGGGAAGACCUUACUCUAUGCUGUUUAGAGGCUGCAGUUUCAUGAUCGUAUACGAAGCUGGAGUGUUAUCUGCUUUGCAGGACUUGUCUCCUGACAUAAUGAAAUCUGCACACACGAUCUAUGGCUCAUCUUCRGGAUCUGUUGUAGCUACAGCUGGACUGUGUGGAUGUGAUGUGGAUGAGAUCAAGARCUAUGUCUUCAGUAGACUGAAAAUCUCUUUUCUGGGGUUAGCCCCUGGAGGAGGAGUGCUUCGGCUCCUAAGGAAAGCCUUACGCAAAUUCCUGCCUCCAAAUGCCCAUGAGCUGGUGUCUGGAAAGCUGCAAGUUGUCCUCACCCGCCUGCACGACUGGAGAACAGUGACAGUGUCCGAGUUUGACACCAAAGAGGAGCUGAUCCAGGCCCUGACGUGCAGCUGCUUCAUCCCCUUGUAUUUUGGAAUUUCCCCUCCCAAGUACCGUGGGGUGCGCUACGUGGAUGGAGAGCUGGCCAUGUGGACAGCCGACUUCGUGUCCCGCCGCACCAUCACMAUCUCCGCCUUCGCCGGCGAGUACGACAUCUGCCCCAAGGAUGGCCCAGCUGCCUUCUUGRCCUUCCAGCUCUCUGAUUCUAUCUUGCAGAUCUCAAAAUUGAAUAUCCGCCGCUURCUGCACAUUUUUCAGUUUCCCACAUUUCAAGUGAGCCACUCUUCCAGGUACCCAGAGCCAUGAGUCCCUGCAGCUGCCCAGCUGCCCUGACUGCCACCUCCCCCCACAGGCCAUGGACCGC